AUGCCAUCAUCCAACGACGAGAAGAAGAAGGCAGCCAAGCAGAGACUCGAGGCCGAAGAUGACUUUGCUAAGGACUCGUCGUCUGAGGGCCCUCAUCUCUCGCCCGAUCUCGUGCCGACCCUCGCACCCAUCGCGCCCUCACCUCCACCUUCUCGCUCCCCCAGUCCUCCUCUAGAUUCUCGUCUGUCUGCUCCAACCCCCGACUUCUCUCCGCCCGAUAAGACCGCAUCACCUUUGUCUAAGGUACCUGCUCUACAAUCUCCCAAACAACAACUGCAUCCAUUUGCACCAACAAUGGAGCCGUCUCCCCCACAAGAUGGUGUCAUGCUGGGACAGGACGGCCUGAAACUCCCUUCGCGUCUGUCUGGUGCUGGAUCUCCACUUCACGCUGCUUCCUUGUCUUCAUCUCCCCAAGGCGGCAUUCGUUUGCCCCAAGGCUUCAUGUCAAGAGGCUUCUCCGAUGCGACCAACAUUCCUUACCAUUCUACACCUCCUACUCAACCCAUGAGCUUCGCAACCACAAAUCAAACCCUGCCGUAUGAGCCCCUGCCUCCGCAUAUGCCGCAACGACAUUUCUCAAGGCUAGCCGAGUUUGAUUUCAGCAGACCCGUUCACACAGACAAGUUCUUGCAAGCUGGUUCGAGGGGUUACUACUGCGGGUUCGACACGUGGCAAACACCCAAAGGGGUGUCUUCUUCGGGUACAAGCUCGGUCGUAGUUGUCGGAUUCGAGGGUGGUUUGGAGGUUCACAGAGUCAACCGGCAGAAGACCGAGGUACUUGGCCGUCUGGAGGGCCUGCAGGGUGGUGUCAUCGACGCGAAGAUUCUUUCAUGGACAGCUCGAGACGAUCCCCUGGAACAUCUACGUCCUCUAGUGGCUUGCGUUAUCCAUGGCCCUGUGCUCGACCAUGAGCCCGAUCAGCCAUCUUCUGCUGCCAGCAUCAAAGAGUAUCACACCUUUGUUGAGAUCUACUCCAUGCGAACCUGGCAACCUGUGAGCAGGCUUUAUCAAACCCGACCAGAGAGAACUCAUCAAUCGGUCGCAACAAAAGGAUUCUCGCCUCCUCCACCCAUCGGAAAUCUCAGUAUCGCCGCUGAAGGACGUUUCAUUCUUGUCACCUCUGGUACGAGCGGUGAAAUCCAUGUGUUCGCCCUUAGAAGUAAACAGCCGGCAAUAGACCAGCAGCCAUUCUGCUGUCUUGCGAAAUACUGGUCGAGCCUAAAAACAAGGGCAUCUUCUUCGGAUGACAGGAGCGCGAAUAUAACUAGCGAUCUGGGAACUGCGAGAACCAAGACUGCAAAGAGAGCUGUGUAUGCGUUGAGUGGUCGCUGGCUAGCUAUCAAGCCUCCCCUCAUCUCAUCGUCCCAGAUGACUUUGAAGGGCACUAUUGGAUCAAUCAACCACAUCGAUGCUGUCAGUAUAGCCAGCCAUGCUUCGCCGGCUCCGCCUCUACUGAAUUGUGAAGUUGAUGCACCAUUUAACGACAGUCUGAUCAGUCGUGUUGCCAAAACUACUACUCGAGAAAUAUACAAAGGUGCUCAACAAGGCUUCAAAGCAUUGAAGACGUACAUCAAUGGUCCGGCCAAUCCAAACGGCGAUCCCGCCUACUACGGAUCACCCCCGUCGACCCAAGUUGAGCAAAACGCGUUCCCACCAACUCAUGCUCACAGCAAUGAACCACAGACGUCCCCAAUAGAGCCAGCUCUUGUGUCAAUCAUCGAUCUUGAAAGAUUGCUCGAACGUGGAGAGCGUGACAUGAAGGGAAGUCAGACUUCUUCAUGUACCUUCCAGCUCAACGACGGCUGUUCUUUCCUCUCCUUCUCUCCCAAUGGACUGUCUUUACUUGCUACUAAUCACGUUGGAGACGAGUCGAGGGUCUGGGAUUUGACCCGUAUCAAUGAUAGUAGAGCAGCUGUUUCAGAUCCGUCAUCCAUUGGUACUGUCCGCUUGGUUUCGAGAUUCCCCAGGCUGUCGCCGUCGGUAGUGAUCGAUGCUAUCUGGACAGUGCGCGGAGACCGCAUUGCCAUAGUCACCGACAGGGGUACUGUGCAUCUUUAUGGGCUGCAGUCAUUGGAGUACAAGCCUACCGUCAUGUUGCCAUCUAACGUACCUUCUCCGGGAUCUUCGCCACGCGAAGAAGUACAAGCGCCUACAGGAGGUUUCAUGAGCAACAUGAAAGCAGGAUGGCAGAGCAUUCAUGGCCUGGCCACUAGACCAAGAAACGGUUCAAGUGGCAUUGUCAGUACCCUUGGCAAUGCAUCAAUGGCCGCAAGAUAUGCAGGGGGAAGAGCUGUACGUCAAGGACUGUCCAAGGGGUUUGGCAUGGCUGCCGAAGGCGCUCAUCAUAUUCGACAUGCCGAAGACAACAAGAUCCGGUUGCACCCAGCUCAACAAUCCGUCUUCCCGAAGUGUGUACAGUGGCAGCAUGGCAAGGACAAGGAAAUCAUUGCUACUCUAUGCAAUGGCGUCCUUACUCUGCUAGCCGUCAAAAAUGUCAGUCAUACCCAACACAGAAAGACUAUUGUCAGUCCAGCGGUCGAGAAAACGCCACUCUGGACACAACCUCUUCCAACAAUGUCCAGCGAUAUGCUACCACCCUCGGUACUCGGUUUGCUUGAACCAGAUGGGCCUCAUGGUGGGUGUGCUCGCGAAGGACCGCACGGAUUCUGCGUUUGGGACUUUUCACCAGCCCACCAACUUGCCCAGAGACGAUCUAGCAAUGUCAGCUUGGGUAAAAGGAAAGUGAGAAUUCCGGUUCAAGAUAAGGACACGAAUCCGUCUUACAUGCCUUACCACCGCCUUCCGACUGUAAACCUAUUCACAAUUUCCCACUCUAAAGGCCAAACUGUUGAGGCAGACGACGACUGGGUGUUUGGGCUACCUUUGGAGUCCAGCAGUAGAGUCAGCAGUCAGCAAGAUGACACAGCAGACGGCUACGAUCAAGGCAUCACUGAAGAGGAUAUGGAAGGGUUUGUGGGACAGAUGGAUGAAACUCUGCGUGGUCAAGGAUUUUCCAACAAAGGCCGCGAGGUUGAGUCCGAAGAAGAGAAUCUGGUCGAUAUGUGA